GACAUCAUCAUGACAAAAGGUUCCGAAACAGGUGAUUGAAACAAUGUCAACAACAACAAUUGAUUUGUUUCCAACAGGCUAACUCCCCUUUUUCAUGAACAUUAUAAAGUGCUAUAAAGGUCGUUUAUGAGUGUCUUUCACAACCCUCAUUAGUUUUGUAAGUCAUUUCAAAACAGUCAACUGCGCCAUUUCCUCAAUUUCAUCAUUUGAUGAACUAUCAUAAACUUCAACAUUCAACCGAUUCAACCUUAACAAAACUUAAAAACAUUAAUCAUGAAAGAAUCCUUUUCAGUGUAUUUCGUUUUUAUUGCAAACUUCUAAUAAUAGGGACAUACAGGUUCCUGGCAACUAAGUUUUCAUAGUUAAGGCUGGUCAAAAUUCAAAGUUUAUUAUUAUUAAGUAAAAUGACAAGAGGUGUUGAUCAUUAGCAUUAUCAUUAGUCAUUACAGUUACAUCAUUACUGAAUUGAAUUACUGUCAUCACUGAUGGCGGCAUGGCCAUCUAUUUAUUAGUACUUAGCAGUAUUACAGUAAUAUUUCGUCCACCCUAUGUUGAACGUGCGUGUGACACCCCCCCCCCCCCCCCCCCCCCCCCCCUUUCCCCCCCCCCUUCCCGCCAAUGUUUCCCCCAAUGUUUUUUCCUGGCACCUGUGCCAAAUUUUGGUUUUCACCAGGCGCCCUUUGUUAAAUUCUAACAAGUAAAAUUCAAAACAGUGAAUGAAUGCAUAAACAAUAUAGAAUAAAGGGUUAAAAUUAUGAAAAUUGUAAUAUUUCGCUGCGCUCCUGUAAGGAAGCCAAAGCAACCCAGGACAUGUCCAUGCUGAGGAAAUUUGGCACCCUGGGGCGAAGCCGGAAAAUGGUGCCACUUAAUGUAUAGAAAAAAAAUGGGAGGUCAAAAGCUUCUUGUACGUAUACACUGGGUGGGGGUGAGUCCUAAAAGUAUGCGUGCAACAGGGGAGGGGGUAGAAAAAUUUUACUUUGUAUUGCGUAUGUACUAAAAGGAUGGCCCAUUACAGUAAUGCCUAACUAAAAGUAGUAACACAUGCACUGACUAUGAAUGCUUGAAUACCAUGCAAUUUGGCUGCAUUGUCUUCAUGAUAAUGUUGUUAGUCAAGGUGCCUCUUAAAUCAUGAUUACUAGUUAAUUAGCCAAAUAAUCUGAAUGAGAAAAAGUAGAAUUAACAAAAUAUCAAUGACUCUGAAAGACGGGAAUGACUGACAGUAGGGACUUCGGUAAUGCCCGGGAUCACCAAAAAAUUGGUUAUUGUAAUUUCAUUGUCAAAAUGGCAACAUCCACAGAGGGUAUAAUUUUUUCAGUUUAUUUUCUAUUAUUAGCGUAAUAAUAAAUUCUACACCUGAUAAUUACUUAAAGCUGACGUCUUACUUGUUCUGUUAAGAAUUUAUUUGAAUUUUUUUCAAGGUUAAAGCUUUGAAAAUUGAAUUUAAAAAUAGGUAAAAUGUACUGAUAAAAAUAAAAUAAAAAAAAAAAAGGUUCAAAUCUAAAAUAAAAAGGUUUCUUUAAUUUAUUAUAUCAUUUAUAGCAUAUCCAAAUUCAUGAGUGUAGACCGUAGGUAGGCAUAAAAAUUGAAAAUCAAAGAGGUCACUUUUUUGGGUUAUGUAAUUUGUCAUGGCCAUCAUGCUUGUCUGCAUAAUUAUCGAUAGUAUAUAAUAUUAUAAAUUGUAGUCUAUUUUUAGACCUUCUUUUAUCAAAAAAAUUUUGCCAAAAUGAUAGUCGUUUUCCCUUAACUGCGCAUGCUCUUUACAAGUUUCGGAUAUGAAUUGUCAUACCAUACUGCGUUGACUGAAUUUUUUUUCUGUUCAGUUUGCCAUUCAAUGGAUUUUGGGUAAGUUAAUUGUAAAAUAUAGUUAAUAGAUAUUAAAUUGUAGUUUUUAAAUAGUCAGGUAACUGUUAUGAAUAGAAAACUACAUGUCUGAUCGCUGAAUAAAUUGACCAGUUAGCCUUACCAAAUUUGAAGAAGCAAUAAUAGAAGCCUUCGCUUAGUUCUACCACAUGACCAAAGUAGAGGAAUUUGAUUUAUAAAUUUUAACAAACGGUAGUAGGCCUUUUAUCUAUAAUAUUAACAUUGACAUGUAUUUUUUUAAUGGAGCAAGGCCUUUUACUUUAUUUAAGUUACGUUUGAGUAUGAAGUAGGCCUUCUAAAUAGGCUAAUAAAUAUAAGUAAAGUUAUGUGAUAGUUAUAUUACUUUAGAGUAGCAUAGUUUACUAUGACUUUGUAACUUCAUUUAAAAGUUAUUGAAACUAGCUGAUGCAUCCAUUUGAGACUGACGUAACUGUAUAUAGUUAGUUCUUAUAUAUAGUUAAAAAUUAAGUUAUGCACUCUUUGUUCUAGGUUUACUUUGCAGUAUUAUGCGCACAGUUGUGUAGGAGGCUGGGGGCGGGGUAGACUUUAGACUUAAGAAAUAAAAAAAGUGUCAGUUUGGCAGUCGACCCAUUCCCCUACCGAAAAUCUGGGCCAUGCCAUUACAUAGACAGACUUAUGCCUAUCUUGGUAUAUCUUUUUUCUCUGUAUUAUUAGUUAAGUCUAAGUACCAGUACCAGUAUAAUAUAGUCCAUAUGAUGUGUGCCCUAGUGUAAACCUAAUAUGAUAAUAUAUUAAAUCUAUUUUGUUUCACUAUUCAGGGUCUAGGGUAAAUAAAAUAAUGCCCAACAAUUCCUUAGAAGACGGAUGGUUAAGAUAGAAAUCCUGAUGGAACAAGCCAUCACUGCCACUCUAUACUGGAAAUUGACUCUGAGUCAAUCCCAAGUUUGUGGACUGGAGUUCAAUCCCCAGAAAAUGCCUAGCCAAUCAAAAAUAUUACCAGCACCUCGGGUAGAUGAGAUGCGUUAACCUUGGAUGGCAAUUCAUCUUAGAGAAGGCAAACUCUGAAAUCAAACCUGGAGAUGGAGUCUCAAUAUGAAGAAAUUAAUGUCUUAUUUUAAGUGUAUGGCUCGUUCUAAAACAGUACAUAACAAAAGAUGGUACCAUAUGAGAAAUACAAUAGCAAAGAAUACGACACUCAAACCAGGGCUAAUUACAAUUAAUAAGUUUUAUUAAGUUACUAAUAAAUUACAAAAUCAAAAUAAGAAAUAUAAUUAAAGCUAUUGACUUACAGAGUACUGUUUUUCUUGUACCGGUACAAAGUUGAUGAAAAUGCAAUGUGCCAAAAAGAGUACAACGAUGAAUAGGAAUCCACACAUAUACAGCAAACAAAGCUCUAGCAAGAAUAACACACUCUCAAAAUAACUCUUGUCUGUCGUCCUGUAAAGUAAAAAUAUCUCCUGAUAAAUGAUAGCUCAAAAAUCUCUCGUGUCCCCUUUUAUAGUCUUUCACUGAUAAAUCUAGAACCGCCUUACGCAUUGUUUUCCUUUCCAGUUUUCUCCAGAUUCUUCUCCAGAAUUCUAAUGGAUACAGACUAUUAAUUUUAUUUAGUUGUAAACAAGGUCAAGAGACUAUUUUUAGCUAGCCACACCUUAAAUGCGGCCUCGAGCUUGGUGUAUGCUAGAGUUGAUGGCGUAAAAACAUCGUCUACAUAACAGAGUCCCAUAGGCAUUAUGACAUAGACACAAUGAAAUUUCUGACAAAAUCCUAUGAUGUAGAAUGCACUGUGAAACACACAGACCCACACAAUGUGUGUCAUAUACUGCACCCUGGUCUAUUUCCAGUCAUUUUGACUAAGUCUUGUCAUUGGAUCAAAUAGGCAAAGACGAGAGAGUGAGGCUGACGAAUUUAUCAACUCUGUCUAAAUUUAAGCACAAUACAGCUUAAGUCAAGGCUACUACUCAAGUCUUCAUUCAUCUUCGUGUGAACAGGACAAACAACAAUACUGGAAAUAUUGCUAUCAAAUAUAUAUGCAGGACAGUUCUCGGAUGCCAUUUUGAGGGGAAAAUGAAUAAUAGCAUUUAUCAUCUUAGACUUGGUGUAAUUCAACUUUGGAUUUUUUUCCCUACCUUAGGUGUCCACUUCUGCAACUUCUUAGUCAAAGUGUAUGUUCGUAAAUAAAUAUUACUCAUUUGUGAUUCAAAUGGCUUAUUUUAUAACUUUAUUAGUUGUUUGUUGUCAACAUCAAGCACAUCUUAUAACAAACAAGUUACUCAAUUGUGUGUGAACUGAAACUAGAGUAUCUACACAUCAUUAAUCAAAUAAUUGCUUUAGCAUUGUCAGUCCUAGGAUUAAGUGCUAUAUAAGUGCAUUUAUGUCCAGUUACUACAAAAAAUGUUAUAAACAUUUAGGAUCUUUUUUAAAUUAUAUUUUUAAAAAUGUCCUGGUAUUUUGUAUUUUUUCCUAGAAAAGUCCAGGAAUUUUUGUAAAGAUUUGAGGCAGGAAUCUUGUGUGAUUUAAAAUGCAUAAAAUAAAUAAAAAUGUAAAAUAUAUUCACUUACCUUUGAUAUUUAAAUAUAACAUAUUUAAUCACAAUAUUCCCAAAUGAAUUAUUAUAUAAUCUUAAAUACUCUCUAAGAAAAAAAAAACAAUUUCUGGCACAAUAAUCCAAGAAUUACUUAAGAUAUUACUAAAGAAAAAUCAUAAUCACUAGUACUUACCUCAAGCAAAUGACUAGAACUUAGUAGAACUUAUUUUAAUUUCUAUCAACCCCCAAAGAUGAUUCUAACAAUACAUGUUGAUUUGUAAAACAAGAUUACUACUAACUUAAAAUAAAAGACAUUAUUUUUUGUGUGGUCAUAUUCAUAUAUAUAUAUAUAUAUACACACACAUAAUAGUUAAAUAAAAAGUAUAAUUGUCAAUUUUAACUAAAUGAAUCAAUUAAUCCUUGAAUUAUUUUAACAGUUUAACAGUUUCCCAGGAAAGUUGAACUUAUUACCGAACAGAUAUUAUUAAUAAAAUAAUUAAUUUUGUGAAAUUAAACACAAUGUAUACUUAAAUAUAAUUAAUUCAUUAAAUACAAAUAAGUGUCAAGUCAGCAUAUCUUAUCAUCUUAAUAAAGAAAGUUAUAAAGAUUACAAUUUUUUGGGGGUGAUUACUAAAAUAAUGACUACAUUUAUAUUUUGUGGAUUUAUUAAAAAAACUAACAUCUAACAAUAUUCUCUGAAAAUAUUAUAUUUUUAUCUCAUUUUAUAGUAAAGUUAUAGGCCUAAAAACAAAAUCAAAAUAAUUUCAUGAAAUGUGGAGGAAAACUCCAUAGUAAAAAAGGUGGUUCUUAGGACCUUACAAAAAAUUAAUAACUUUUGAACCACUUGAGCUAAAAAGUUUAUCUUGUUCUUUUUUAUUAACCAUUUUCUAGGUUCUGUAGGGCUGUAGCAUUUUUAUGUUUUAAAAUAUGUUAAGAAAUUAUCACCUAAGUGCCUAGUGACAGUUACAAUGAAAAGUUUAUCUUGGAGAAUGUGUAAACCAUGAAGUCAUUCAUUUCAUUGGUAAUGCCUGACUCUAUUACUGACCAAUUAUUUGGCUCUCUCUAGGCAAGGCCAUAUUUCUGGAGGCUAGUUUUCUUAAAUUAAAAAAAAUAAAUUAUAGGCUAAUGGCCUAAAUGUUUUGAAGUUUUCAACUAAAUAAUAAAAUAUUUGUAAAAUUUAAACAAUAAGAUUAUUUAUUGACCCGAUUCAUUUCAUAUCCAUUCAAAAUUAAAACAUCUAGGCAUUUGGUAAUAAUUGCUGGCUCUACUGCCCAAGAAAUAAAUCUAGAUAAUGUCCAGUGUGACUUGACUUGCAUAAGCCUUAAAUGAACUUUAAAAGUGCCCUAUUUUUUUUCUCCAAUUUUUGUCUUUCUACAGUUUUAUUUAUUAAAAGACAAAAUCUCUUUAUUCUAAUUUCAGGGCAUAGAAUAUGUUUAGUAAAUAUAAGCCAGUAGAAAACUUAAACACAAUUAUUUAUGAAGCUAAUGGAUCAAGAUACAUAUUUUCUGACAAACUUAAUUCAAUAACUGUUGCAUAUAUCAUUUUUGUGAUACCUUGAGCCUUUUUAGACAAUUUUUUUAAAGUUAAUAUUUUAAAAAUCAAUUUCUUCAUUUAGCCAAAUCGGAACACUAUCCUAUGUUUAGGAGUGGGGAAGACAUGUGACAUGUGAUGGAUGGAGCACCACAGGAGCCCAAGGAUGAUGUCACGAUGGAAGAUGCUAGAGGAGCAGCAGGAGGAGUGGUGGAUGAAGCACGAGAAGGAAGUCCUUCUGCUUCUUCUGCUUUGCAGUCUGUAGCUGAUUAUUUGAAUAAAGUUAAUGCUCUUACAAAAAAGGUCUGUAGUUGUGGUUUGUUUAAAGAAAAAACAACACCUUUUGAUUUAAUAAUGCAACUUUUUAUUUAUUCUUACCUUAAACCAUUAAUGGCCAACUAGCAAGUAGAAUGCAGCCUGGCAUGUUAAGUAUCAUAGCCCACCUGAUGCCAAAUGUAAUAUCAAUAAACUUUUUCUUUCUUGAUUCAAUGUUUGCUCUUUUCAUUGUUAUUAUUAUUAUUAUUAACCAACAUUUGAAAUUAAUGAACUAUGAUUUUUAACUUUUUUAAAAAUGUUUGAUCUUAAGUAAAGCUAUUAAAUUCAUUGCAUACAUUAAUUAAAAAGAUAUAUCUAUAUUUUCAUAUUCCCUACUAUUGAAAAAUAUGCUGAUGAAUUAAUGAGAAUAUUGGCUGCAUAUGAUAGUUGUUACUCAGAUCUUAGAUUUCAUGGGAUGACUUAACUGAUUAGCUAUCACAUUGAAAAACCAGUAUGUUUGCUUUUGUUAACCUUAUGGCUUGUUGCCAUGAAAAAUGCUUGCUCACUAACCUCAAAAUACGAUAAAUAUAACAUUUAAAUUUUUUGUUUAAAUUCUGACUGUCCCAAGUGUUUUUUUUAAUUAAAUUCCCGUCAAUAAAUUAAAAUCUCGAACUGAAACAAAAAUAAUAAAAUAACUGUAUAACUUGUUUUACUAUGAAACAAACUGUGACGCUCAAAGAAGCUCAUGGCCAUGAUCGAUUGGAUGUUUGGCUCUGCCAGCAGCUAAUUGUAGUUAACCAAACCAGUUAAGUUUCCCCCUGGACUUAUGCCAACUUAGAUUUCAUUGGAGGACAUUACUGCACAAUGGUCCUAACCUAAAACAAUACAUUUUUAAUUUAAAAUGUAUAUAAACACCUGAAAACUACACCAAUAACCUUAUACACGUCUUAUAAUCACACCAGUUACCUUACACCUGAUAUUUUGCCAAAAAGUGGGUGCUUUGAUACACAAUGUCCCAUGUUAUAUUCUUAAUUGAACUACUUUUUUAAUUAGAUAUAUGUAUGAUUUGUUUUAAAAUUAAUAGAAUACACUUAAUCUUCUCAUGUUUAGAAACAACAUAAAGAUGGCUUAGAUGUUUGCAAUGAAGGUAAUAAUGUUAUAUAUAUUUCCUCCUAUUCCAAAUAUCUCUAUAAAUAUGCCGUUAAAAAUAUUAAAGCUUGGACUUGAUACUAAAAACAUUUUUUUUUAAUAUUCAUUUACUGAAUACGGAGUUAUCUUUUUUAAAAAUUCACCAACAAAAGCUAAAAUAUCCAGUUUAACACUAUAAUAAGGUAAGAGCUAAUAUCAAUGUCCAGGAAUUAUGCCUUAUGCUUUCUUCCUCUAUUCUACAGCUUUAAAUGUUUAUCCUGGUAAAUCAAGACUAUUAGAAAAGAAAACAAAAUUAUUAUGUCAGUUGCUUCUGUUUCAAGAAGCUUUUAAACUAGUAGAAGAAUGGAUUCAAUUGGACCCACAGGUAAUGAAAUAAUAUUUUACUUUAAAAAAACAACUUUUUUUAUUAAUCCAUCAAUUUAAAAGUCUUAAAACAGAGGUUCCCAAACUUAUUUGGCCUACCGCCCCCUUUUUAGAAAAAAAUUACUCGGGGCCCGUGAAAUAAUCAUUCUUUAAGCAAACAAACAGAAUGUAUCUGUAUUUCUACUUAUGUCCCUAAAGUAUAGUAGAGAAAAAUUUUGUAAAUAAGACACUUUGAAUCUUGAAGUUAUAAAAUUAUUUAUUACAAACACAGAAAAUUAAUAUAUUGAAGAAUAAGAUAAAAAUAAAAUUUAUGAAUAACAUUAACAUUUUAUUCAACGCACCCAAAUGCACCCGAGGCUACUAUCACCUCCCUGGAUCGUUCCAGUGCCCCCCAAGGGGCGGCAUUGCCCACUUUGGGAAUCACUGUCUUAAAAUGUAAUCUAUUUUUAAUCCCACCUGUAUGAAUUCUAUUCUACAAAUUUCUUAAAAACUAAGUAAAUAUUUAUUACAUAAUUUUCUUGAUUCAGAAUUCAGCUGCUAAGCGAGAACAUGAUAAAUUAAAAAUAAUUUUAAGUGCUGUUGAGGAUCCUGAUUCUGAUGAGGAAGAAAGAGAUGAUCCUCCACAGAAAGAGGAAAAAACUGAAGAUGGCACAGUAACUGAAAAUAGUUUUGAACAGAAAGUUGAUAGCAACAAAAAUGUUGCAGGGAGAGAAGUGGAAACAUUUAGCAACACCAGUAAAUCCGCUUUCAAAAUUUAUGGCAAGCCUUUGUCACCACAGCAUAAAAACAGUGAAGGUAUUUAAUCAUUGUUUCUAAAAAAUCAAUAUGAAAUGCAUUGCUUAAAGCUAUAAAAUUUCUAUCAUGAAAUUGCUGAAUCAACUAAAAACAUCCUCAACCUGAGAUUUUAAAGGCAGUUCAUUAGCAUUUGCAAAAUUAUAUAUUUUAACAGUUGAUGUUGAUGAGUGGCAAUACAGGGCACCACCCAGGGGUCUCGCUAGCGAUGAGUACAGCUUAUGCAAAAGGUAAACAUUGGAAUGAAAUCAAAUUAUGUAGCUCAUUUUAAAAUACAUUUUUUUAAUGAAUGUGUGGAAUAAUUAAAUUUAAGUGGAACAACUUGGGCUGAUGGGAAGGUGUAAAUCGUUGUUGAUAUAUGCUCCAAAAUUUGAUGUGCAUCAACAUAAAAAUCAACAUUUCUGCCAGAUGAUGUGCUUUCAACAUUUUAAUCUUAUCUGUUUUAAAUUUUAGAUUUAUGGAGACAGGAAGGUGCACAUUUAGGGAAAAAUGCACAAGAGCUCAUUCAGAGGCUGAAUUGGAGGAGUGGAACCAUCGUUAUGCUGUGAGAAAACAACAGUUACUGCAGUCCCAGGAAGCUAGAGCACAUGGUGGCACUUACAUUGAGCAGCUGUUGGAAAAACUCAUGUCUCAAGAGCCCCCCAAGAUGCUGGUAAAUUAAGUAUUAAGUUGAGGAUCAUAUCUCAGAUAUUUCUAUUCUAAUGACCUGAGCCUUACUGUGUACCGACUAUUUGAAGAAAUAUUUUCAGCAAAAUCAAUUUGAGAUUAGUAAUGUUACUCGUAAGAGUCAAGAUCCUACACUUAUUAACAUUUGUGUUAAUUGUUGUUAUAUCUCUAGAAAUUACUUUGGAACUAUUCAUCUUGCAAUGUAUUAUGUAUUUAUUAUUUUAAAAAAUGCUCAAAAGAAGUUUUGGUUUAUUUUUUAUGUUGACCACAGAAUGGUCAGUCUAUUUGAAUUUUAUGGUAAUUACUGCUAUAAAAGAUCCUUGUUUUAAAAUUGUCCUGUAAAAAAAAAAAAAGCUUAAUUUAUGAUCUCAUUUUUUAUCAGUUGGUUGAAAACAUGGAACCAGUCAAAAUUCAUGUUAACUCUGACUUGAAAGUAAGCAUGUCCACCAAAAAAUGUACAAAUGCCUGGACAUUCACAGUGACCAGCAAGGUAGGCUAUUUUUUGUUGAAAGGCUUUCAUUCUGAUAUGAUUGAAAUUAUCAUUGAAAAAUAGACCAACUUAAAUUUAAAAAAAAAAUUCAAUUUUUUAAAUAGAUGCUUGUGCAAUAUUGAUAAUUGUACUAACUAUUAUUUUUUAGAUGAUUAAAGCGCUCAAUUUUUAGUCAGAUUCUUAUUUUCAUACACAGAAAAUAAAACUAUUUAAACAGUUAUUAUAGAUGAUGGCCAGCAAACUAUAUGACGUUGGGGAACUUCAGUUUUUGUUAAACUAUUGCUUUUGUUUCUACUGAUCAGCUGUGUCUCCACUGUGUUGCAUUGAUGUCAGACACAAACCGUAGCUACUUUCACAUCUCCAGUAUUUCUGUGGGGCCAAGAAAAACACAAAAGUAUCAGAAUUUAGAGAAUCAGUGUCAGGAGUGGGUUAACCAAGACACACAGAGCAAAGGUCAAGGAGAAUAUGUCUAUAGAGUCAAAGUGAGUCACUACGUCUAUAGUAUUUUACUGAAUACUUGAAAAUCAGUUUUACCUUAUUGUUCUUUCUUUUUCUUAAAAACCUAACUAAUAUGUUUUAAAUAGUCAUCAUCUAUCAGGUAAUUAUGUGAAUUCUUCUUCUUUUUCAUUGGAGAAAAAUCUGCAGUGAUCAACUGUCAUUUCUUCAAAUUACAAAUAAAUCAUCAAAUUUAUGCAUGACUCCUGCUUCUUCAUGACUUAAAGGUAUUUCUCAGACCCAUGCAACUCAUUAACACUUUUAUUUUCUUUGUAUUGCUGAUAUCUUUUAGGUAGUUUUCAAAACAGACAUCUAUGGAACCUUCCGCCAAUCUAUUGUUUUUGAUUUUGGGGUGGAAGCAAUUCUAAUGCGAGAGGUUCAAGUUGAAUCAGCCCCUGCCACUGAUCCUGAAAAGAUUCGCAAAGAAAUUACUUUGACAGAGGCGCACAGAUGGAACGAAAAGACCGUUACACUUGUAAAUUUUGAACCAAGGUCUGUUCAUAAUUUGUGAUUAACAUUAUUCAAUCAAAAUGUCUGAUCAUAUGAUUGCGCUGUAUAGAAGUUAUGAAUUCCCAUCAUUUCCAUGGAUGUAUUUUAAAAUCUUCAAAUGUAAUUUAAUCAAAAUGUCUUCAGGGCGAGGCUUGCAUUUAGAUAUGAAUUUUGACAAUAUAUCUAUUUAAAGCAGGCUGAUAUACUUACUGGAUGAAGACAUAAAAUAAUGCAGUAGUAGAAAUCAAUAAACAUAGUUCUGUUUUAUUUUCUCACAUGGUGCUUUGUUAAACAUACAAGUUCCUCUAGAGCCAAGUAAUAUAUCAAACAUCAACAAACUAGCAAAGACUGUCCAUUUUGUUUCAGACCAGUCUCUUACAGUGAACCUGAGGCAGCAUUGAUGGCCAAAUACAUGCUUCCCAAGCCUGACAAGUUCUGUCCUCCUGAAACAGUUAUGCACAGCCUCAGUAAGGAGAACUAUAGAUUAUGGAUGCAUGAAAUGCUUUAUAUUGAAGAAAUGGCUCAAGUAGGAUAUGUAUCCAGGUAAAUAAAAACAUGACUAUGCUCUAUUAAAGGUGCACUGUUUAAAUAAGAGAAUGUGUCCUGUGUGUGUUCUUAUUAAGUAAUAAUAUAUUGAAGCGUAAAAGUGGGUCCUUUUAAAAUGUGUUUUUAUUUUCCCAGGUUCAAUGUAACAACAUCACUUCAACUAGUGAACAGGUUUCUGCUUAUGCCAAGUUUGUUGUCAACAGCUAAAUAUGCUCAGGGUGGAGAACUGUUUGCCCGCAUGAAAUUAGAAGAUGAUCUGUCUGAAGACUCUAUGGCUGGCCGACUCAUCCUUCAGUCCUCUAACAUUGCAUGGAUUGCUGAAGGCAAAAAGGAACGUCCUGAAAAGGUAAUAUUAUUUCCAAAUCUGGAUACUGACUUAAUCAAAUUUUUAACAUAGAUUAUGUAAACAUUUGUUGCUCUGUGAUUUUUUUUGCCUUGUAAAUUUAAGGAAACCUUUAUGUCGUAAAUAUUUCCUCAGAUUGCAAUUGAAAUAAGUUGCACAUUCUUCUAUUCUUCAAUUUAAUAAUGAUAUUUUAUAAAUAUAUUGUGCUUGCUGUGUGCUGCAAUAUGGACUCAAAGUUUAGCUAGUAAAGUCAGUGUAGAAAAAAAAAAAAAUUCAUUUAAGUCUGUAAUGUUGUUUUUAUGUUUUUUUUUUUUUUAAUUUUGUUUUUUUUAAACAAAAAUUUUUUACUCUUUUAUAAAUAUAUUGUGCUUGCUGUGUGCUGCAAUAUGGACUCAAAGUUUAGCUAGUAAAGUCAGUGUAGAAAAAAAAAAAAUUCAUUUAAGUCUGUAAUGUUGUUUUUAUGUUUUUUUUUUUUAAAUUUGGUAUUUUUAAAACAAAAAUGUUUACCCCUUGUAGGAUGUAACUGUACAAUUUUAGAAGAGUGUUUGAUCAUGAUUCAAUAAUUGUUAUUAAUGUGAUGUAUAAAUCAUUUUAUUUUGGAGGGAAGUGGAACAUUUUUUAUAAACAUCCUUUUUCUAUUAUGGGGAAAUGAAUCUGACCUAUAAAUCUUUGCAUCUAGGUGUAUGAGGCUGUGAUAGAAGAUAAAGGAAAAAAUUUCAUCUUUAUGCGACUGUCAAAAACUUGUGUUGAGGAACUUGGGUUGUCAUGUGAUCAAGAAUUUAAUGCGCAGGUAAAAUUUGCAAAUAAAUGUUUCAUUUACUCCCUAGCCUCCAUUUAAUGUAAGAUUUUUAAUAUAAAAAUUAUAUGGAUUCAUCAACAACACCCAACACCCCCCCCCAACACAUUUUUGCAUUAGCUGUUUCCAUUUCAGAUUCAGUUCCAGUUGAAUAGGCUGUCAAUGUGUGAAAUGCAUUCCGCUGUUGACAGACUACCCACAUUAGAUAUUGUCUUUCCUGACUUGGAAAAUUUACCUGAUAAACUAGAACUGGCUGACACGUAUGCCAUUUCAUUUGACUGUUAUUUUUAUUUAAAAAGAAAAAAAGAAGAAAAAAAUUGUUUAAAAAAUAAUUUUGUAAUAGAAAAAUAUGAUGCCAACUCAUCUGUGUUCUGUAUCAUAACUAACCUUUAUUCCUCAUUGUACAUUCUUUUUAUAUCCCACAUCACAUGACCACUCAUUGCCUUUCUCCAACCAACACCGUUAAGUUUAAACAUUCAUGAAAUUAUUUACAUACUUGUAACAUCAUAUACAACUCUUAACAACUCUUAAAUUUAAAAAAACAAAUUGUAAACCUGAUUAUAGCAAAUUAUUUUUAAUAAGGUUAUUUCUUUUAUUUAUGGCUUCCAAAGUCAAUAAUUAAAAAAUUAAAUUUUAAAGGAAACGGCUAUGAAACAAUUAAUGAUUUAGAAUUUAAAAGAAAAACCACAAAAGAAAAGCAAUGUUUAAAUAUUACAAAUUUUUAAUUUACUUCUCUUGUUCAUUUAACAGUGUAUUACAAGACUCAAAUGAAAGCAAAAGGCUCAAUGAGAAGCAGAAAGAUGCCGUGAGGCUCAUCUUGGCUGCUAAAGAUUUAAAGUUGCCUCCCCUGUUAAUAGUCGGCCCAUUUGGCACUGGAAAAACCUUCACCAUGGCCCAGGCGGCAAAACAAGUUCUUAAACAAGAGGGAACCAGAAUUCUAAUCUGUACUCACUCUAACAGGUAAGAUUCAAAAGGAAUUAAAGUUGCAAAAAUUCUGAACAAUUUUAGCUAUUGCCUCAUUUGUGCUAAUGUAGUGGUAAUGCUCAAAGUGUUUGGCAAAUUGAGAGGAUGUAUUAAAAUGCUUCCAAUAACUUAAUUUCUUUACUUUAUUUCAAUAAAUUAUUUUCCUUCUUACAUUAAGAGUGUAAAAUAUAAUAACUUUUUCAACAAGAAGUCACUAAGUUUUAUAAUGAGAUAUCAGUAUAUGUUAUACUAAACCAUUUUCUUCUCAGUGCUGCUGACUUGUACAUCAAAGAGUUCUUACAUGACUAUGUUGAAACAGAUGACCAUUUAGAGGCUCGUCCACUCAGGGUCAUGUACAAAUUCAGGUGGAUCCAGACUGUCCCUGAGGUGGUUCUAGAAUACACACUGUUGGAGAGGGAGGGCCCAAUGGCUGGUACUUUUAGAGCACCAACUGUUGAAGAUGUCAUGAAGCACAGGAUCAUUAUUACUACACUUAGCAGUGCUAGAUAUGUGGUGGACCUGGAUUUGCCAAAAGGUAAAUUUUCAUUAUUUUAUUACCACACUUAGCAGUGCUAGGUAUGUGAUUGAUUAAGAUUUGCCAAAUGGUAAAUUUCACGUUUUAUUGAUUUUGGAAAAUGACUAAGAAAGAACCGAUUUAAAAAAUACCCACUAAGUGCUUGCCAUGAGCCACUUGCACUUUAUUUAAUCUUGCAGUUAGUUAAAUCCAUACUUGUACAAGAUAUCCUACUUGUAUUUUUUGCGUUUGCUAAUAAAUAUUUUUUGCACCUUGCAAUUAAGGUUUCGGAAGGCAGAUUUCAAUCAUCAUUUGUUACUUGCUUAUUAUUCAUUGAUUUUUUUUUAGAGGUUGAAAUUUUAUCAUUUUUUUCAUCUUAAAAUAUUUGACAAAUUUUGCUUUAAUGGUGAUUUUAUACAAUAAUUUUCAGAUGCCUUCAGUCACAUAUUUAUUGAUGAGGCUGCACAGUCAUUAGAGAGUGAAACGAUCAUUCCACUUUCAGUUGCUCAUGAGAAUACUAGGAUUGUAUUUGCUGGAGAUCACAUGCAGGCGAGUAAUACAUAUGCCAUGCAUUGAAAUAAUUAAUCAAUAUUGUUUUUAAUAAAAACAAGAAAAUAUGAUGUUAUUUUAAGGAAUUUUUAAAAUUUAAAUUUGACAAAUUAAUUUACUUGCUAAAACAUUUCAAUAAGGAAAUCUCACCAUCUAUUUCUUUAUUAAAUGAAGGCAUAAUGAUCAUGAAUUAUUUAAAUUAAAAGUGUUAUAGAAAUGUAUCUAAUCUAUGCUUAUCAGAUGAGUCCUGAAGUGUACUCAGACUUUACAAGGCAGCAAGGUUUCCAUACUUCAUUGCUGGAGAGACUUCAUGAGCUCUAUCCAAAGGAUUGUGUCUAUAUGGUAAUUACUUUUUAUCAUUUUGCCAUCAAUCCCUUCUCUCCUUUUAGAAAAAAAAAUCCUUUUUAUAUAUUAAAAAAUAAAAAUUAAUCUACUAUUGCCUAACACCUAUGAGCAUAAAUAUGUUCUCCUGGCUAAGAGGGUGGGCAGAACUCUGUUUAAACUUUGCUUAUGUUAUUUUUAUCAAAAUACUUUCUAUAUCAAUCUGUUCCAAUAAAUUCUAUAUUGAUCUGUUCCAAAACUCUCUAUAUCCAUCUGUUUUAUCAUUUUAUCAUCUGUUUCAUUGUUUCAUCAUCUGUUCCAUUGCUUCAUCAUCUGUUCCAUUGUUUCAUCAUCUGUUCCAAUGUUUCAUCAUCUGUUCCAUUGUUUCAUCAUCUGUUCCAUUGUUUCAUCAUCUGUUCCAUUGUUUCAUCAUCUGUUCCAAUGUUUCAUCAUCUGUUCCAUUGUUUCAUCAUCUGUUCCAUUGUUUCAUCAUCUGUUCCAUUGUUUCAUCAUCUGUUCCAUUGUUUCAUCAUCUGUUCCAUUGUUUCAUCAUCUGUUCCAUUGUUUCAUCAUCUGUUCCUUUGUUUCAUCAUCUGUUCCAUUGUUUCAUCAUCUGUUCCAUUGUUUCAUCAUCUGUUCCUUUGUUUCAUCAUUUGUUCCAUUGUUUCAUCAUCUGUUCCAUUGUUUCAUCAUCUGUUCCAUUGUUUCAUCAUCUGUUCCAUUGUUUUAUCAUCUGUUCCAUUGUUUCAUCAUCUGUUCCAUUGUUUCAUCAUCUGUUACAUUGUUUCAUCAUCUAAACUUGAGGUUGUGUAAGCCUUGCAUGUCGUGGCGCAUGAGUUUAGAAAGCCAUGCUGACCUUUUAAGUCUUGUAAUUGUUUAAUGAAUAUAUAAGGAUACAUGUUAAAAGGAAAAAAUGAAUUAAACAAAUUUAGUCCAUGACUCAGAAAGGGACAAGUAUAAAGCCUUGUUUAUGAAUGUUAGUUCUUUAUUUUGAAUUCUAAAGAGGAAAAAAAAAUAAGAAGAAAAGAUAAAUGGUAUCAAAGUCCGUGUGUACAUGAUUGGCUUCUGUCAACAGGUGAUGCUUUGUGAAAACUACAGAGCUCAUGCAGCCAUUGUUGACUUCACCUCGGAACUGUUCUAUGACAAUAAACUCAUCUCUAGUGGUAACAUUGUGGCACAUGAUCAGUUCUACCCACUCACCUUCUAUGCAGCAAAGGGAGAAGAAAUUCAGCAUGAGAACAGCACUGGUUUCUACAAUAUGUCAGAGGUAUAAAUCUAAUUUUGUGUGAACUUUUCUUUUGAAAUUUCAUGUCAACGCUCUUUUACAAUAUUUACCCUAAAGAGCUGGAAUUUUAUUUGUUUCAUUUGAAUAUUUUCUGUCGUCAGGUUUAUGAAAUUGUAGAAAGAGUUGAUGAAUUAAAGAAGAAAUGGCCAGAGGCAUGGGGAGCAUUUGACAACAAUGGUAUCAGCAUUGUUGCUCCAUAUUCAGAUCAGGUUAGCAAGUGUUUGAUAAAUUUAUCAUAUGUUCUGAUAAUGCACUAAUGCCAUUAUUUUAUGUUUUUACACUAUUUAUUUAAUUAUUAAACUGUUAUUCAGGUUCAUGUUCAUGUAUCAGUUUAUGACACAAUUUCUGCCCAUCUCUUAGUCUUGAUAAUUUAAGCCAAAACAAAGAGAAGGUAAUAAAAUAUGUACAUCUAAUAUGUCAAUAUCAUCAUUCAGAUCCAGUGGUUUUAUAGGCAUGUCCCUUCGGUCUGCGGACAUAGUGAAGAAUUGACAAACUCUCCACAGCUAUUCUUUGUUUGUUGAUGGGGUGUUGGUGUAGUCUGGUAUUUUUGUAAGAAGUUUAGGCGUAUAUCUUGAUGUGCUGAGCAGUGGAAGAGGUGAUGUGUUUCUGUUUGCAGAAGGGGCACAUUGGUGUUUUAGCAUAAUGCGGUUAAGGUGGGAAUUAAAUUGUUGUGUCCUGUGCACAGAUGAAAGAUUGUGAUCUGUUAAAUGUCUUUGGAGGCAGUUUAUUGGAUCUUUAGAGACUGGGCUGGGUCUUUGUGUGAAAAACACACUUCCUGUUAAGUUCAUAGCCCAUCCAUUUAACCACCUUUCUUUUUUGUUUACUCUGAUAGUGUACUUUGCAGUGUUGAGUGAUGUAGAUAUGUUUGGCUGUUCAUUUGAUGCUCUCUGUUUUGCCAGUUUGUCUGCUCUUUCAUUUCCUGGUAUAUUGUGUUCUGGUAUCCAUCAUUGUAAGAUUAGCUUGACUGCGCAUGUUUAGAGCAGUGCUGUCCAACCCUCUCUGGCCAGUGAGCUGAUUUUAAAUGGCGUGCCACAGCUUGAGAAAUUUUUAUGAUGUGUGUAAAAUAUAAAACAAUAUAGGUGAACAAAUUUUCAAACCACAUUCAUUGAUUUAAUAUUGUUGAGAAAUUGCAUGAGAGCACAGGAGAAGUUGUAACAGGGAAAAGGUGGGGACGUCACAAAAGCUAAGGAGUGAUAUGACUUGACCGUUAGCAGUAAUUUAUGCUGAGCAACCAUCUGAGAACCUGGGGGACAUAAAUAUAUCAGAUCAGGUACAAUCCUCUCCUUUCUGUUUCUUGUACAGGGGGAGCAUAGCGGGGUAUCAGCUUUGAUAAGGAUGAAUAAGGAAACCAAAAGUAACUUCAUGCGUCAAGCUAUUUGGUCAUUGUAAAAAUGUCCAUUCCACUGCCAAUGGGACUAAUUAAGAUGGGAUAGGUGAGCACCGCAAGUUGACUUAAGUGCUUUGAGGGAUGAUAAUAUAAUGACAGGACAGUCUUCAGGUCAGAGUAAUCGAGAUGGGAGCUGGGGUGCUUAAGGUGUCACCAGUGAAUGACUACGGUUGGCAGUGUGAACCAUUAUAAUAUGUUAUUUAAGAAGGUAGUCUAGCCAGGUAUGGAAGAAUGGAUCCAUCCUGUAUUGUUGUGACAUUGGAGGCAAGCACCUAGUAUUCAGAGAUCUGAUUAUGAGAUGUUCAAGGAGUAAAUAUCAGGAAACAAGCUGUGUUUGUUUUAGCCAGUGCUAUUCAAUCAUGGAUGCAUUGUGAGAGACAGUAGGAACGAUUCUUGAAAUUUAACCCCCAAAAAGAUAAAUCUGGGUGAUGUAUGUAUUUUCUGAUAAAUUAUAACCACUACACUACAGACAUUUUGUAACAAAAUUUUGACCAUGUUUUUGAAAGCACCGUACAUCAGUGAAACUGGAUUCUCUGUAAUGACCGACAUCAAGUCCAAAAAAAAUAUAACAGUUUGACUGGUGAACAUUUGGAAAAUUGAAUGAGGGCAGGUGGCUACUAAUGAAUACUACCUCAAAUUAAGACAAUUGCAAAUCUGAUUCAAAGCAAAAUAUAUCAUUAAAAAGGGCUACACUCUUAAAAAGCUUUAUUUAUAUUUUUAAUGAGCCAAUAAUGCUAUGUGAUAUAUGACUCUUUAUGUAUAAGGUAAGAAAUGUUAAAAGUUUUCUCAAGUGUAUAAAAAUAAAUAUUUAUUUUUGAGAUGUCAUGUUCCCAUGUAGUCAGAAAGGUUGGACAGCACUGGUUUAGAGGAAGGUGAUUAUAUUCAGAAGUAAUGAUUUUACUGUUGGCUGUGAGAUCUUGAUGCUCAGUUUCCUGAAGAAUUGAUUUGCAAUUGGAGGGGAUAACAAGAUUACUUAGUUUGUAGAUGGUAUAAUGAUGCUUUGUGUCCGCUCCAUAAUUUCUGCAGAUAGCUCCACAGGGGUUUCAGAGUUCAUCAAAUUUUCAGUCUGGUUACUCUAUUCAUAAGUCAUAGCCUGCAUGUAGGGCUCCUUUGAAAGCUGACAAAUCUGUGUAUAUUUGGAUUAUAUCCUCUGGGUAGGAUGGUAUGGCUUUUUCUGCAGCUAUCAUUGUAUGUAAUGGCUCUGUACUUUUCUUUUGUAUCUUUUACAUUAGGUCUGUUUUGAUGUAAGUUGUUUGUAGAUCUUGGUUUGGGGGUGGGUCUUUAAGUAUGAUUGGCAAUUCUUGGAUGUUGUUUGACUAGCUUUCUGUACCUUUUAACCAUCUCAAUACCUGCUGCCUCUCUUCUAAGAUUUAGUGGCUCAAUAAUAGUAUGUCUUUCACAUGCUGCUGUUUGGGUAGAUCUUUGACCUUCCAAUAUAAAAUGACCAUCUUUAUGUAGGUCUAAUUUUCCUGUUGACUGUGGUCAUUUAUUUAUUUUGGCUAUUUUCGCUUUUGCUAUUGCGAUUUAGAAUUAUUUUAUUUUCCAUAGUUGGAUGAUUUUCUUUAUUUUUUCUGUCAGAAUCCCUUUUUUUAUUGCUUGUUCUGUAUUUUUGUUCUAAACUAAUAUGUGAAGUUUUUCUUUGUGACUAUUCUAAAUUUUGUUAGAAAUAAAUUGUUUUUAAAAUAACAAUCUAGUUUUCUUUGUAGGGUAAAAGCUUAAAUAAAUGACUUUUUUAAAUCUGUAGGUUGCAAGAAUCAGAGCAGAAUUAAGGAAACGUAAACUUUUCAAUGUCAAUGUAGAAAGAGUUCUUAAUGUACAGGGUAAGUUGAAUAUGUAUAUGUUUACAAAAUCUGUCAAAACUAUUCACCAUAAAUGGGACUACGGCCCCAUUAGAGGCAUCUGGCCUGCACCAUCUUCACUGUUAACUUGGACUGAUCCAUCACCUUUAGUCUUUCCAGACUAUUUGAAUGAUACAUUUGUUUCUCUUCUAGGCAAACAAUACAGAGUCAUCAUGCUUUCAAUUACUAGGACAAGACUCACUUGUCGCUCAGACCCUAACAUGGAGGAAUAUUUAGAUUUUGGUUUUCUCUCCAACAUCAAGCUCCUCAACACUGCCAUCACCAGAGCUCAGUCCCUGGUGGUAGUUGUUGGUGAUCCUGUCUCUGUAUGUUUGGUGGGAAAGUGCAGGUAAGUGUCUUCCAUAGAACACAUUAAAAUUCUGUUUCCAUAUUUAUUGUUCAAAAUAAGGUCACAGCUAAUUUUUCCCCUUCCAUGUUAGUUUUAGAAUUAAGCUGGGUUGAAAAACCCCUCUUCAAACUUUGGUACAAAGUAAAUUUGUUAAAAAUAAAUAUUUACUUUUUCCUGUAAAAAGAUAAAUAAUGCACCUUUCAUUUUCCUACAUAAAGCCUUUUGAUGUGUUAUGCUUGAUUGUGGUGCAUAGCAUUCUAACUACAUGACAGCUUUGUUUCAGGCUACUAACAUUCUGGCCAAAGUGUUGAACUUAUAGUUAAGGAUAAAUAUUAAUGUUUAAAUUGGCUUACUUUAAAAUAGAUUAAAAGCAUUAUAAGAUGCUACUAUUAAACAAACCAAUCUAGAAUCUUUUGAACUUGUUGCAGAGUGAUUUCUCCUCAUACGGUUUCUGAAUUUAAUAAGAACAAUAUUAUGAUAGUUAUAACAGUGAUUUUGAUAAUGGGAGUAAGCUUGUGGGCACUUUGUAAAUCUUUUAAAAAUCCAACAAACAAUUGUACCGUAGUAUUUUAUUUUUUUUGUUUCACAGUACUGAAGUAAUCUUAUUGUUUUAUAUUAGGAAAAUCUGGGAGUAUUUUCUUGAGAUUUGUCACUACAAUGAGAGUUUACAUGGAAUCUCAUGGGUUCCUUUGAGAGAACAGCUGGACCGAGCAGAGCUGACCAAAUCUUUUGUUCUUAACCCCCUGGCCCCAGAGUUUGUGCCCAGCCGAAUGUAUCAUAACCACCAUACUGCUCCACAAGACCAUAGUGUCUUCUAUCCUGGUGUUCAUAUGGGAGGCUGGCCAAGUUACCCUGGCAUCAUGCCAGGUCAGCCUUUCCCACAGGUCAGUAAAUAGUGACCUUAUCUGCACAUAUUAAAGAUGGAGCAAACAAAUAUUUUUUUUUAUUAUUCAUUUCAUGUAAAAAUUGAAUCUUUUUCAGAUUUUUUUAAAUUAGAUCUAAAUUAGAAGUUGAACAAAAAAUUUGCCCUCCUGCUUAGGCAAAGUGGCAUAACUCCAUAUUUAAAUGUAUAUCUUAUUUAAAAAAUAAGUAAAUAAAAUAUAUACGUAAUAAUAUAAAUAUAAUAUAUAACAAAACAAGCGAUUUCAUUAUUUAAAUUUUUAUUAAAUAUAAAAAUGAAUGAAAUUUUAUAACCACUAUAAAAAAUAAGGUUCUUAGGAGAAUAACCUUUUAAUUACGAUAUCUGAAUUUGGCUAUCCCUGCCUUUAAAAAAAAUUCACAACUGCAUUUAAAAAAAUUCAGUCAGUCACUGUAGCGCCCCCGCUAACACAUCAGUAUAUAAUAAUAUAACAGUACUGAUUUUAAAGUUUGUUUCAGAUAUAUCUUCAACUUUAAAUUCAUUCCUAUUAGUUUGUACAUUAAUAAAUUCUGCAUCAAUAUUUUUUAUUGUCCCAUCAUCUAAACUUGCUAGUCUAGUCUUCAAUGAAUAAGCUUGGACAGCCAUGCUGAACUUUUUUUUGAGCCCCAUAACUUUUUUUAAGGAAGAAGAUAGAAACAUAAACAUUUCAAUAUAGAGCAAUCGUGAAUGCAGCAGUAUAUUUAUGUUAUGUUAGUUUAGUUACUAGGUGGUCUUAAAAAGCGCCAUAUGUGACUAUUCACUUGCGAUGCCACCACCGGGCAUUGUAGGCAGGGGAGGGAAUUUGGGAGGCAAAAGUGGCCGCUCAUGAUAGGAGAUGUUUCAGUACAAUAAUUAUUGAGAUUCAUAAAUAAUGAGUUGAGUUGAUAGGUACAAUUAUGUUUCCUACUUCUAGUAUGAAGUUCCAAAUUUUACUGAAUUAUGAUUUCUCAUGACAUAAUAAACUGUAAAUGUAAUUAAUAUUAGUUUUCAUAUUCACCUAACAGAUGUUCCCGCAGAUGUACCAGCAGCCCAUGUAUUUCCCAUACAAUGCCGGCUUGGUUCCAACCAUGUAUUACCCACAGGCCUUUGGGAGAGGCAUACUUCAAAACCGUCAGAUGUUUGGGAGAUUUAUCCCACCAGGAGGAUUUCAGUAUACCAGAGGUGGGGGUCCUGUGAGAGAAGGUGUCCCUCGUACUGUUGAGAUGCCAGGGGGAAGAGGUAUAAGACACCACAGGGGGAGUCGGCACAUGUACUACAGUCCUCCCAGAGUUCAAUCGUUCACAGGAUUACCAGGAUUCUCUCCCAUGAUGCAGGCACAACAACCCGCACCCGGAGGUUAUUUCUACCAUGUUCCAGAUGAUCCCAGAGCCAUUGCUUUUGCAUCUGCUCAACCCUCAAUGCAUCCCUACCUGGCCCCAGCACCACAGUUUCCCACACAUCCACUUCGACCAUCUACAAUGGGUGCCUACAGUGGGCUGCCUCACCAUCAGGGUGGUUUCCACCCUCUUCAUCCACAAGCUCAUCCACACGGGUCAUCCUCACCUCUAAAUACUGGAAUGUUAUUCUAUCAUGAUGCCCGGAUGGCUCGAGAUCGUUCUGACACAGGGGAUAGCACAGGCAGUCCCCGGCUUUCAGAUUCACCAAGCUCAGGAAUUCAGUUAUUGCCCAAUGUUAAGCAUGUACCUGCACAUCUUUUGGGGAAACCUGGAGAAACAUCACCUGAACAGCCUAACAGUAAUCCUAGCAGCCCACCUAUAAAUAUGCCUAUUGGAUCUCAGCUGAGAGACGAAAGGGCGGCAGCUUUAUCUCAUCGACCAUACAGCCCUGCUAAUUAUGUCAGAGAAAGGUCUGGGUCAGGGGAUAUAAAUCUUGGAAGAUCAUAUAGUCCUGCUAAUUUCAUGAGAGAACGUACAGCGUCAGGAGAUGACUUGACAUCAAGACGCUCGUACAGUCCUGCUAUCUACUCCCACGAUGAACGAAGAAGCUCUGGAGAUGACAUGAGAUCCAGUCAUGAAAGGUCCAUGUCUAUAUCACCUCCCUUAGUUCCACCCAACCCUUUGCCGGUCAGCACCUUGAUGAGGCAACCGGAACAGAGGAACGGAGGAGGCACCAAUGGAACAUCUAGACUGAAUAAUCGUAGACAGAAGCCUAACUUGAUGUUGCGAACUGGCUUCAGUCGGCAAUACAGUGAUGACCUGCCGACCCCAACAGUAAUUACUAAUAUGAUUCAGAUGAUCGAUGAUAAUAUUGAUGAAGGCUCAGCAGAAGAUGAAUCUUCCCUGUCUCUUGGUGGCGGAGACAGGAGAAAUAACUUGAGACUUAAAAUGUCAGUUGCUCAGAGGCUCCAACACAUGCACGCCACAGAGAGCAGUGAAGCCUCCUCUUCGUCUACCCCUCCCUCCACAGAGGACUCUCACCCUUCAUAUGCUAGCAUGGUUAGCAGGGCACAGAGACAAGGUAUAACAGCAGAAGAAGCCGCCCAACUUGAAAUACAGACACCGCGAACCCCGAAAGGAUUUAUUACUCCUGGAGCUGAAGUAGAAGUGGAUCCCUUUGGUAUUCUCAAGUCACUGAAUAUUGGAGGAACCCAUCAAUGAAGGGGCAUGUAGUUUGAAUAUCUUCAGUUUUAGUAAUAAAUUUGAUUAGCUUGAGUUGUCUCAGAAUAGCAGCAUCUAAAUCAUACUAAAUGAGUUUUCCUUUUCAGAGAUUCUUUGAUAUUCGGAUAAUGAAUGCAGCAAAAGAACAUGACACCAAUUCAUUAAUUCCCCUUUUCAAGCCUAAAUGCUGUUACCUUAAUAAUUUUGAUCACCUGCAAAUAUAUCUUAUCUUGGAAAGCAUUAGCAGGUGUUCUUGCAAUUCAAAAAAAUUGUUUUAGUAUUGAGUGUCAUACCAUUCAAUUUUGAAUAUUAUAUUUUCCCAACUUUUUAAAAUCAACUCUUGUUAAAUGUUGUAAGCAUGUUUUCUUUGUGAUUAAUGUGGCAUUUUUUUAAACAGUAAACUGGGGGUAAUACAUAAAACUAUAAGUCAGCAUGCGAUUUAGUGUUGAGCCUAUUGGCUUUUCCAUUGCUGGCAGAAUAUUAUUUUAACAUGGAAUGAAACCUAUUUAUCAUGAAAUCUUGCAGAUGUACCUACACAAAACUGUAAUCUUAGCUUAGAUAAUUUUUUAUUUGUUUCAGGAUUAUUUGCUGUAAUAAGUGUGAUUAAUGUAUAUAAUUUUUGGUUGUACAUUUUACUUUGAAGCUGCAAUGAUUAGAAAAAGUUACUCUAUGGUAGAAAAUAAUUCAGUCUCAAGUCUAGUGUUGAAAAAAUGUCGAUGUUACACAACCACUAUAUAUGGGUCUCUACGAUGUGCCUUGUAAGCUGAUCCUCUGCAAUUCAUAAAUCAUUAUUACUUCAGAAAACAUUAAACAGACUUCUCAAAGUCUUAAGAUCUAUUCACACACUCCACCUCUCCCAUCUUGUAUGCUGUUUUGUUAAAAUUAUUUUAUUAUCCUUUAAAUGGGUCAAGAAAUAGUCAAUGCUGUAAAUCAGUUUAAGAUAGAUCAGUGAUCAGUCAUAUUUUUCACAACAUAUUUCAAAAUAGCCUUAUACUUAUAAACUAUCAGUAAACUAUCAGUGCUUCAUCAAUUAAUAAAUUCAAUACCUACUUCUCCCAAACAGUAAUAUUCAUGUCCUUAUGUUAAAAAAAAGUGUCCAUUUUAAUGAUAUUUUGAAUUUUUUAAGGUAAUAUUUUAAAAAUUAUAUUGUGUGUUCAAACUUAUAUUUUAUAUUGUUUUCUCUUGUAAUUGUUAUCCUCACCCCUUAAGCUUUUCUUCUUGUAAAUAUCGUAAUGUAACCUACAAUUAAAAUUUUGUCUUUCAGAGUGCAUGAAAAAAAAUCUAUGUCUUUUGAUAAAUAAAAAAUAAGCUAACUGUUUUUGAAAUCUAUUACAAAGUACUAUUCUGAGUAUUCUGCAUCUGAUUUUUUAAAAACGAAAUGAUGCACCCAAAUAUUAGUUAAUGACAUAUAUAUAAUUAUAACUUUGCUACUUGAUCAUUGUUUUCCAAAAGAAGCACAAAAUACUUGUAAAGUAUAAAUUGUAUCAAUUAGCUAUCUGAUGCACUUGUAUUUCUGAUCCUCAGAAGCUCACCAUAAAUGGAAUGUAACUGCUUUUUUGUUUAGUUUUCGAAUGCCUUAUUAAGUAAAUAUUAUAUAUAUCAGGUUGAAAAACUAAAAAAGAUUUUCAUGGACUUUUGCUAAAAGAUAUAUUAUUAGUGUUAGUCAUAGGUUUUUGAAUUUGAAACAAGCACAAUUUUGCCUGCACUCUGUCUAAACUCAGAGGUGUUUUGAUGACAUUGCAAUCUAAGAAUUCUGUUUAGUCAUUUUACAUCACAUUUGCCCAGGCCCAGGAAAUGAGGUGAGCUAGUCAAUUGCUACUUAAAGAAUCCAUAUAUAUAUAAAUAUAGUUUUUUAAAAUAUUUUUCUCGUAUUAUUGAAAUGCUCAUCAAAUACUUGUAGAUACCCAGUAUGUUUUUUGGCUGUGGACAAAAGAAUUUUCUGAUUAUCUUUGUUUAUCUUACAGAGUUCAAUUUUAUUUUUAAUUUUUACAGAUAUUUUUUUAUAUAAGUUCAGUUGGACUCCUGAAGUGUAAAAAAAAAAUUCUUUAAAUAAUCACUUAUACAUUGGGGGGAACACUUGUGUUCUGGCAAGUCUCUAUUGUAAAAAAAUGAGGACUGAGCCGGGUGCAGAUUUUUUUACACCUAGUAUGCAUAUUUGGAGACAAUACCCAGAGGGUCUGGGUGUUCCAAAAAAUUGAUUCUUAUUUUCUAUAAGGAAUUCCACCCAAUGGUGAGACAUGAAAAUUGCAAGAAUAGAAUCAGUAGAAAUAAAAAAGGCCUCAAAGUUGAAGGCUUCAAAACAACAGCUCAAUAAUAUCAUAAACCUUUUUUUAGUGACAAAACCCUGUUUUAUAACAUUUGCCAAGUUGUGACAACCCACAACUAGAAUUAUACCUUGACAUUAAUGAACAGGUGUUGAGAAGAAGGGGAAGAGCUAUUUUGUAGAUAAAAAGGUGCUGGUACUUUAAUUUUUCAUGAGGGUGGAGUGAAACAGAAAUAAUGGCUAAGAAUAAGGGUGGAGGCUUCUGGUGUGUUAUAGUUCUGUGUGGAAGCUAACAAACUUUUAAGUUUAGGCAGAAGAAAAUGAAAUAAAGAAAAUUUGUUAAAAUAUAUUAAAAUAAAAAAUGCAUAUAGAUGAAACACCCCCUCAAAUUGGUUGGUAGCAGAUGUCAUUUUUCUGAUACCAAGGUAUGCAUAUUAAUAUUAAUUUAAUAAUAUUUAUGCCAUCUUCAUGGGGCGAUAUCAUCCUAGCCUUCUUGCAGUUAAGCCAAUUGCUUUAUUUAUUAAAUGAGUGUUAAAUGACGCUACCAUUAUUAAAUUUUAGGACAAAAUUUAGAAAUGAUCCACUCACACAGGCAUACACAAAAACUUUGGCUUCUCAGUCAUCCAGGUAUCUGGGUUAGUACCCGGCUCAUUCCUAGUAAAAACACCAUACUAGAGUGAAUUGGGAGUUUACAAUUUGACAAUUAUGUGUAUUGAAAUAGCUCUAGUUAUAAUUUCUACUUCUAGGUUCAUGUGCACAACAGAAAUUUGUGCUUUGGUUUUAUUACUUCUCUUUACCAUAAUAAAAAAACACAGGUGUGGUUGUGUUUCAUGAAAUAUGCCUCAACUUAUGGCACUUGUUCGGUAUGUUUUAAUCACAUUUGAAAUUACACAUUUUUUUAACAAACAUGAAGAAUUUAUUGUAAAUGAGAAUUAAUUUGUUGGUUGUUUGACAAUAUUAUUCUUAGCUCGAAUUUGACAUUUUUCUACUGGAAAAUACCAGCGAGCUGGCAAGAAGAGUUUUUCUAUUUGUGAUAGUUAAUUUUUAAAAUAAAUCUUUUAAAAAAAAUUAUAUCUAAGCAGAUGUAUAGCUAGACAUAUUUGGGUCUUUUAUUUCGUUGAGCAUUUUAUUAAUUAAUUUUAAAGACUUCAAAGCAUUUUGCAUUCUUCUCUGAAAGAACACCUCGGGUAAAGUUAAUAGGUCAAUGUAUUUAAUAAGUUGAUGAACUUAUUUUUGACUAUUUUGAGACUAGUCAUCUCUGUUAACAACUGUUAAAAAUUUAAAAAUUUGCUCAAUGCAUGGCACAUUGUCUUCUACUAUACUUAAAAAAAAAAGGAAAGACAUUUUGAUUAGAGGAGUCCAUAUAUUCAUUAUUACUUUUUGUAACAUUUUGGAUGAUGAUGCUUUCCAUGGAAAAUGGAAGGCACAAUAAUUUCUGUGCAUUUUGCUUCGCUGGAUAUUACUCAUUAGCUUUUCAUGAGAUUAAAUUAAUGAAAUAUUCUGCAAGCAGUUGUGUUAUUUCUAAUAACACUCUAUUAAUGGCUCUGUUUUAUAUACAGUUACUGCCUCAAGGAACUGAAAUUAUUUAAAAAUAAAAUUUCAAAACAACUAUUUCCCAUUAAGUCUAAGACUUUUGUUAUACCGCACCGGUAAUAAAAAUAGCAACAUGUUAUUGUUACGUUUUUAUUACUUUGGAGUUAAGGAUAGAGUGAACUAGUAAAUGAUUCGAAUUAAAAAAAAACAUCUUCAAGACUUGAGUUGAUUGCUAUUAGAAUGUACAGAUUAAUUGAAAAGACUUUUGAAAAUGAUCCUUUGCAUCAUUUUGAUUUUUACAUUUGUACCAUAAAUGUUGUUCAUAAGCAAACAAAAUGUAUAAGUACAUGGAAAACAUUUCUUUUUGUUUCAGUUGUUGAUCACCAUUACAUCUGUAUAAAACUUGUUGAUCUUUUGUAGGCUUGGGGUAUGGGUAAUCAAAUAGUCUGAUUUUAUAUUUAUCAUUUAUUUUUAACUUUACCCUUUCAUGUUUGAAUUAUGAUGAAGACAGUGCCUUAGGUGUGGCAGCCAUUUUCCCUUUCUAUUCGUGGACAUUUUUUCAUUCACUGGGGCUCAAUGGAUAAUUUAACGUUUAACGUACCGGAUAAUUUUGUGUUUUUUAAAACACUUAUUUGUAAGUUAAGAUCUUAAACAUCCGUUUUUGGAAUAUCCUCAUCAGAGAAAUUGAAUUAAAAAUAAGGCAUUUUUGGUUAAAAUUAUUUCUUUUUAUUUUUCUCAAAUUACAUGUAUGCUUUUAAAAUUUAAGACAAAUGCAAUGAAUGUCCUUAAGCCACUGAAUGAAAUUUUGUCUGCUAGUGGUUAGGAAGAAAAUGUGAAGAUUGCUACACCGAGCACUGUGAAGCGCAUGGAUCUUAUAUCACAUCUUAAAAUUUUUUAUUUUAAACUAAUUUCCCAAUUACAUCAUUUAUGAAUUUUUGUUGAAUAUAGAUUUAUUAGUACCGGUAGGCAGGUUUGACAUGUUGUAUACAGCAGUAUGUACUCACCAUACCUUAGUACCUUUAGUUGUAGCAGUAGUGAUUGUGGUCUUUGGUUUAACUUUGCUUCUUUAUAAAAAUAAUAUUUAAUCUGCUUAGUAAUAAACUCACUGUUGUAGCCAUAAAUACUGUUAAUUACUUCUUUCUCCAUUUGAAAACUUGAAAUGUUUUUUAAAACGUUCAAUAGGUAUCUUGAUCCUUUGGAAGAGAAAUCUCUUACAAUAGGCAUCAGGGCCCUUUGGAGAGAAAUCUAUACCUUUAAACAAAGUAUUUUCAUGAUUUUGC